GAGAAAAGAACAAUGGCUGCCAAACAGCAAGGCAAAAAGAAAGCCAGAAAUGCAAAGAGAAAGAAAAUCCAGAAAAAGUACCAACUAGCCAAGCGGAAGCAGAAGAAACUGCAGCCUAGGAAACAGAAGAAGCACCAGGCUCGUCCUAAGCGUCGGGUCAAGCAGCCCUCUGCCACCAAGUCAGUGGACAGUGGUCCAGAGAGGAUCUGCUCCCCAAGGCUCUUUGCCGCCAAGGUCUUUCGGCAGAUGCCCAAGGUCAGGAUGGAGAUCAAGGCCAGGAGCCUGAUGAAGACCUUGCUGACUGAUGUCUAUGACCAUGUGGCCACAGAGGUGGAGAAUUUGAGCCAGAAGAACGACCUGUCCAACAUCAGCGGCACUGAUGUGCAAGCUGCCUUGAAGGAAGCCAUGACAAAGGAAAUGGCCAAACACUCGGCCGAGCCUAUCAGCACUGAAUGUGCUUAGAGAUGUGCUCAGGGAGCCAAAGGGAGAAGACCAAAGAUCUUUAAAAAAUAUCCAAGAAACUUUAACAUAUUUUCCUGCCCUUUUAAGCGUAAGAAAUCCUGCAGUCUACCUUUCCUAAGACAUCAUCUUUCACCUCCACAGAUGUUACUCGGAAACAAUAGGAAGUUAAAAGUGAUGACUGGACAAUGGCCUGUAUUUUUGAAGAGAAUUUCAUCUCAUAAGCCAGAAGCUCAAGGCUAAGAAAGAUGAGCCAUGGUUAAAUAGAUGUUUGAAAUAAUUGUUUGUGAGGUGUUUGCAAAAAGGAAAAGGAACAUCAUAUUAUGUACAAUAUGUAUGUAUGUAUCGCCAAUAAAUCAGGA